AUUGCUUACCGUGGAGCGUUCUGAUACAAGCAAGUAAAGUAACUUGAGAAUGAUCCCCGUUGUUUCUUACUCUGCGUGCAGAAAUUGUUUUCCUGGUAUGUUUAUCGAUGUGCUUCUCCCCCAGGCAGUUUCUAUUUGGUAAAAUAACUUUCUCGGUCUGGGAGCUGGAGUAGCAACUUUUUUUCUCUUGCACUUUUAGAAAAUGCUUUCUUUAAAGGGUUCAAAAACGAUUUGCAGGUUUGUUUUAUCCUGGAUUAUAAAGGGGAACUCCCGGGGGAUCGGCCCAGCCUAGCCUAAACCCCAGGUGUACCCCUGAGUUUACAACGAGAGGAAACCGCCCACCAACAAAGAGGACGUCUCGCAAAGUAAAGGAGUAAUUUAAAGAAAGACUUUUAAGGUUAAGGUGGAGUUUAGAUUUGAUUUAACGUAAUAGGCUCAAUACAAACUAGGACUGUGGAGGGGAGACAAAGGGGUCAAUGUCCAGUGUACCCUGUGAAGUAGACAUCGUGCUUGUUACCUUGGUAACAACGUUUGCAUAAGUGUGGAAUGUUGUGCUCAGAACCCUCAUUCACAGCUCUGCAGCUGAGCUGGAAAUCGUGGCUGCUUCUCUGUGGAGGCCUUGUGCAGAAAACAUAUUACACGAUGCUUUGGAGCAGGGAGGCGCCUUCCACUCCAAGUACACAACUGUCAAGUUACUCUCCAGAUCUCCACCAGCACCCCCAGAGUUCGUAAAGCAAAACCAGCUGCAGAAGGCAGGGGACCAGAGGAUCUUUACUCUUCUCUUCUUUAUUAUUUUAAGUUUGUAUUUAUUUAAGUGAUCGCCACACCCAUCGUGGGGCUUUAGAACUUACGAUACGGAGAUCAAAAGUCACGAACUCCUUCCACCCAGCCAGCCAAGCGCCCUUCUUCCGGCUUUUUAAACUGCAAGAGACGGCGUUCAUCCGGAUCAAACGCGGCGCGCUGGUGACGCAACGCUGCGCCGGAAGUGCGAGCCGUGGGCUGUUGGGUUCCGUUAUGGCGGCUGCUGGGGCACGCUGGAACCAUGUGUGGGUGGGCACCGAGACCGGGAUCCUGAAAGGGGUGAACCUUCAGCGCAAACAGGCGGCGAACUUCACGGCGGCAGGACAGCCGCGGCGCGAGGAGGCGGUGAGCGCCCUGUGCUGGGGCGCGGGCGGCGAGACUCAGAUCCUGAUGGGUUGCGCCGACAAAACAGUGAGGUACUUCAGCACCGAGGAGGGCAGAUUCCAGGGCCACAAGCACUGCCCCGGCGGGGAGGGCACGUUCCGAGGCCUCGCCCAGGUCGACGGUACCCUCAUCACAUGUGUGCAUUCUGGGAUUGUCCGGGUCUGGCGUAACAAUGACAAGGAAGCAUCCUCUGACCCACUCCUGGAGCUGAGUGUGGGUCCUGGAGUGUGCAGGAUGCGCCAAGACCCAGCACGCCCGCACGUGGUUGCCACGGGUGGGAAAGAGAAUGCUUUGAAGGUGUGGGACCUACAGGGGUCGGAGGAGCCUGUGUUCAGGGCCAAGAAUGUACGGAACGACUGGCUCGACCUGCGGGUUCCCAUCUGGGAUCAAGAUAUACAGUUCCUUCCUGAAUCUCAGAAGCUUGUCACCUGCACAGGGUACCAUCAGGUCCGUGUCUACGAUCCAGCCUCUCCCCAGCGUCGGCCAGUCCUAGAGGCCACCUAUGGAGAGUAUCCACUUACGGCCAUGACCCUCACUCCCGGGGGCAAUUCAGUGAUCGUGGGCAACACUCAUGGGCAGCUGGCAGAAAUUGACCUUCGGCAAGGACGCCUACUGGGCUGUCUGAAGGGGCUGGCAGGCAGUGUCCGAGGAUUACAGUGCCACCCUUCAAAGCCCCUACUAGCCUCCUGUGGCUUGGACAGAGUCUUGAGGGUGCACAGGAUCCGGAAUCCACGGGGUCUAGAGCAUAAGGUUUAUCUGAAGUCUCAACUGAACUGCCUCCUCCUGUCAGGCAGGGAUGACUGGGAGGAUCAGCCCCAAGAGCCUCAAGAGCCCAAAAAGGCGGCCCUAGAAGACACAGAGACAGAUGAACUUUGGGCCUCCUUGGAGGCAGCUGCCAAGCGGAAGCUCCCUGAUUUGGAGCAGACCCAAGGGGCUCUCCAAACCAGACGGAGAAAAAAGCAGCGGCCUGGAUCCACCAGCACCUGAAGAGCCUGUGCUCACUUUGUAAAUAAACAGUUUAACACCCACCAUGACCCUGAGCCUUUUGUGAUGGGAGAAUGGAAAGAGGACUGGCUGCCCCCAGCGCUGGUGCAGCAGGAUAGCUGAUGUCACAAAAGCCAGGCGCGGAGCCUGGUGGGCUGGCGUGGGCGGCACGGAGUUCGGGGCCGCUCGGGACCAUGGGCUGCUGCCAAGACAAGGACUUUCAGACCUCCGAUGAUCAGGCUAAGGAGGCUGAUUCGGAGGAAGUCGAAGGCACCGAAGAGGUCGAUAUGGACUCGCCGGACCAAAAGACUCUCAAGUCGAACGAAAGCCUUCUGAUCACCGUGCUGUGGCGGCGGCUAUCCCUGUGCAGCCGUCGGGGCUCUCGUUCAAACAAGAGGCACUCAGUCCAGAGUCAAAAGCAUGCGUUACAGCAGAGCAACCGGGAGGGGAUCCUGGAGGAGCCGGAGAAGGGGUGACCCCAACCUGCUCUCAAUCUGCCCCAGCCUCCGGAGAAUAAAGUUUCUAACGUGUACCUUU